AUGGUAUGCACUAAAUAUAAGGAGAGGGUUAGAAGACUGUCUGGAUUGGGCAUGCAAAUAUCACCGGUGCCAGAGGACCCAGACCGUCCGUGUCGCAUAGCGUGUCAAGACGAGCGUGCGGCGCACAGAUUUUACCUCGUCAACGGACACGACGGCUGGUUCCCGCUCGGUACCGCCUGCGGGACACGCAACGCCUCCUAUUGCGUCAGCGGCAAGUGCCUGGAGUUUGGUCCGGAUAACACGCCGCUAUCGGAGAUGGUGUUUACGUUGCCGCUUCUGCCCCGCGCGCACAACCGCAGGAGUACCCGCAGCUUGGACUCCAGCAGAGUGACAGUGAAGGCCACGUUAGAUCAGAAACACUUGGAGGACAUCAUUGCUAAGCUGGAUUUUACACAUAACAACGGCAACGACCAUAUGUACAUGGACUCUAUACCGGACAACAUAGAGGUGGACUUCACUAACCCCAUACACAUCGCGCCUGAAGAUACACUUCUGAGGAAGAAACCGAGACCUACGUGGGAUUGA